AUCGCGCCGGAAGAGAAGAAGUUCCUUUCCCCAGCCAUCUUGUGGCUUCACCUAGCGAAGUGUUCGCACCAAGCCUCGUAGAAUCGGAGGAAAAUCCUGCUGAAGGGGCGCCAUCAUGCCCGGACAAAUGCAAGAAGGUUUUGGCAUCGCCGUAACCAAUCGAUACGACCAAUUAUUAGACGAUGAAUCGGACCCGUUUGAGUUGAUGAAGCAGGCUCAGGCUCAGGCUGAGAAGAAGAAGAAGGAGCCUGCCGCUCCCGGUGCCGCCAAGUCUGCAGCCCAGGCGGCUAAACAGCCCAAAAAGGAGACCCAGAAAGACAGAAAAACCCCGUUGACCGACAAAAAGGCGGAGCCUCAAGCUCCCGUCCCGCUUAAGAAAGAUGGCCCAGGAAUGAGGAGAAUGGGCCGCAAGCCGGAGGGCGAAGGACCAAGACCCCAAGGCGGCCAGCAAGGAGAAGGACGACCUCCCGCAGACAGACGGCCAGCGGACUGGCGGCCACCUCGCCGCUUCACGAGGCCCGCCGGCGAGCCUGGCGAGAAGCCCGAGGGAGGCGAAUUUUCCGUGGAGAAGCCCGUCGGUGACAGGCCGAUGAGGGGCCGCGGUGGCGGAAGGGGCUUCCGUGGAGGCAGAGGCCGCGGCAUGGGUCGCAGCGAUGGCUUUGACUCCAGAGGCAAACGGGAAUUUGACAGACACAGUGGCAGCGACCGAUCGGGUCCGAAAAAUGAAGAGAAGCGAGGUGGAAGUGGACCUCACAACUGGGGCACAGUCAAGGACGAACUCAAUGAACUCGACCAGUCAAACGUGACCGAGGAGAACCCCGAAGGCGAGGAGCACCCACCUGCCGACUCUGAGAACAAAAGGGAGAAUGAGGUGGAGGAGGCAAAGGAGGAAGGCCCCAAAGAGAUGACCCUGGACGAAUGGAAGGCCAUGCAGGACAAGGACCGCGCCAAAGUGGAGUUCAACAUCCGCAAGGCCAACGAGGGCGCGGACUGGAAAAAAGGAUUUGUGCUGCACAAGUCCAAGGCUGAAGGUAAAAAGGAUGAACUGAUCGACUCGGAGAUGUGCGAGUCCAAGACGGAGGAGGAGCCCCACUUCCGCAAGCCGGCCAACGACAUCACGUCCCAGCUGGAAAUCAACUUCGGAGACCUCGCGCGUACAGGCCGCGGGCGCGGCGGGCCACGCGGCGGGCGGGGUGGACGUGGGCGCGGCGGCCCACCCCCCGGCGAGCGCGCCGGCGACACCCCCAGGCCGUCACGUGGAGGAAGGAUCGAAAAGUCGACCGCUAUGGUGCCCAACGUGGACGACCCCGAGGCCUUCCCGGCCUUGGCCUGAGAGCCUUUGAGGGCGGGGCCCACAGGAAGAAUGAGCACCUCCGCUACGAGGCUUGCAUGUUCCUGGAUCCUUCAGCUAAGUGAAACGACGAGAGAAGACUGUCAUGAACUGUGGCACUCAAUGUGAGGACUGCGUUUUACCCAAUAAAAACAAAACCGAUGAAAAAAAGGAAAAGAAAUUAACCAAAAAAAAAAACACAAAAAAGAAAAUGGACUUCUUGCUACUCGGGAGCAGCUUAUUGAUGGAGGUUUUUGUACUUGCAAACAAAAGUAGCAGGGAUGCUUUCAUACAGUAUUUUUUUCAGAGGUUAUGCAUUUGUCCAUCGGUAAAAUCUUUUGUAAUUUCGAGAAAUACAUCGUUUAUGGUUUGCGCCGCUGCCCGUCUGCCGGCCGCACUCAUUGAGGUUUUUUAGUUUUUCUUCCGCCUCAGCACUGAUAUUUUUUUAAUAUUUUUUUAUGCAGGAAGGUCCAUCCUUAAAGGAUGACCUGUAAAAAAAAAUCCAAAUUCUUUUUCACGAAGAGUAUUAUGAUACAAAUUGGACUUCUGAUGACGGGGCUCCUUUUUGUAUGACAACAUAGGUCAUUUUUUUAGAGAAAUUAUCAUAAAUCACGAGGCUUUUGUUUGUCCAGUAGGUUCAUUUCAAGCCAUCUCAACAACUGGGAAGCAUCGGCUACUGUUAACACACUCCGUUUCAGUCGGUCUUGCACAGGCCGGCGGCCGCUGUGGUUUUUAUUGGGCACGGACGGCACCCACCACCACUCGCAUAACUGCUCUGAAAGAAAUAACAGUCGUCGUUCAUUGUGUGGAACAACUGACGUGCUUCUGCUAAUGUGUGAAUUCCUGCCCUGCUAUUGGAGACCUCUGUCGGUAAAUAAAGGUGGUCGGUAAA